CUCUUCAUUUCUGCUCAUUAUUACAUCAAAGCAAAAUUAUCACCACUGCCUUCCCUUCACCAUGUCAUUAUCACCUCCAUCUCUGGUAACGGCAGCGAUCGCUGCAGAUCUCCCGAUCCGCCAGAUUCCGGGAAGCUACGGGUUCCCGUUGCUGGGCCCCUUAUCGGACCGACUCGACUACUUCUGGUUCCAGAAGCCGGAGAGCUUCUUCAAGAACCGAAUGGAGAAGUACAAGAGCACGGUGUUCCGCACCAAUGUUCCUCCCUCCUUCCCCUUCUUCGUCAAUGUUAAUCCCAACGUCAUCGCAGUUCUCGAUGUCAAAUCCUUCUCCCACCUCUUCGAUAUCGACCUCGUCGACAAGAAGGACGUUCUCGUCGGAGACUUUGUUCCCGACGUCAGCUUUACCGGAAAUAUGAGGGUUGGCGUCUACCAGGACCCCUCCGAACCUCAACAUUCCAAGGUGAAGGGCUACAUAAUAGAUAUCCUGAAACGAAGCUCGGGAAUAUGGGCAUCAGAACUAGUGUCCAACCUAGACGUAUUCUGGGACAACAUCGAAUCAACAGUCUCAAAAUCUUCAUCUGCGUCCUAUUUGUUCCCUCUGCAACAAUUUCUCUUCACUUUCCUCUGCAAAGUUCUGGCAGGUGCAGACACUUCUCGUGACCCCAAAAUCGCAGAGUCAGGCCAUGCCAUGCUUGAUCGAUGGCUUGCCCUUCAGCUCCUCCCCAUUACCAGCAUCGGCAUACUCCAACCUCUUGAAGAAAUCUUCCUCCAUUCCUUCGCUUACCCUUCCUUUCUCGUUAGUGGAGACUAUAACAACAUCUAUAACUUCGUCAAGCAACAAGGGAAGGAUACCAUAAACAGAGGCGAAAUGGGGUUCGGGUUGACCCAAGAAGAGGCAAUCCACAACCUACUCUUCGUUCUAGGGUUCAAUUCCUUCGGGGGCUUCACCAUUUUCCUCCCAUCUUUGAUUGAUGCCGUAGCGAAAGACUCCGCGUUGCAGGAGAAGCUGAAGAAGGAAGCCAGGGAAAACGGCGGCUCAACGCUGACCUUUGACUCCGUCAAAGAGAUGCCUCUCGUCCAAUCGGUGGUCUACGAAACGCUGCGUAUGAACCCUCCGGUUCCGCUGCAGUUCGGUCGCGCCCGAAAGGACUUCCGUUUGACUUCUCACGACUCCGUUUACGACGUGAAGAAGGGGGAGUUGCUAUGCGGCUUCCAGAAGCUCGUCAUGAGAGACUCUCUCAUCUUCGACGAACCGGACCUCUUCAAGCCGGACCGGUUCACGAAGGAAAAAGGGGCCCAGUUGCUGGACUACUUGUACUGGUCCAAUGGGCCUCAAAGUGGGUCACCCACUCUGUCCAAUAAACAAUGCGCCGGCAAGGAUGUUGUCACCCUCACUGCAGCCUUGCUUGUGGCUCACCUGUUUCGCAGGUAUGAUUCCAUCACCGGCGAUGGCAGUUCCAUCACUGCCCUUCAAAAGUCUAAGUGAACUCAAGGCUAAAUUUGUAUUUCCACUUGGAGAUUCUACUUAAUCUAUGCACACACGUGCUGAUAAUGAUAUCUUUUUAUCCAAGAGUUUAAAUGCAAGAUUAUGCUACUCUU